AUGCUCGCCCUCGCUAUACUCGCACUAUUUCUAGCUCUCGCGAUAAGAAACUGGUUAUCAGUCCGCCGCCGUUACAGGAAUAUUCCUGGUCCAUUCCUCUCGCGCUAUACCUCCCUGCCACUCGCUCUUCAUUCUCGCGGAGGCAAGCGACAUCUCUACGUUCAUUCUCUACACCAGAAAUACGGUCCGUUGGUACUCAUCGCUCCAAAUCACAUCUCCUGCUCUCAUCCCGAUGCCAUAAACGUCGUCUAUGCUCAAGGCGAGCACGCUCUUCCGAAGUCUGAUUUCUACAAAGCGUUUGUCAUUGACGGCACGCCUAAUCUAUUCAACACCCAGGACCGCCUGGAGCACACCAAGAGACGUAAAGCUCUGGCGCAUCCUCUCAGCUAUAGAAGUGUCAAGGAAAUGGAAGAAUGGAUUGCAAACAAUAUGUUGAAGCUAGUGCGGAACCUCGAUAGGGAAUGCGAGUCAAAAUCUUCUUCUCUACAAAUGACUCAUUCGCGUCUUAACGGUGUCCCCAUGGGCGCGGAGACUCCCGGGCGAGCUUCUGGAGAAGAAGCAAGUUGCCUCAAUAUGCACGCAUGGUUCAAUUGCUUCACAUUCGACGUCAUCUCAGACCUCGCUUUUGGCCAAUCGCUUGGAAUGCUUGACCGAGGAACAGAUGUGCUUCCAGCAUCCUGUGAGGACACGGGAGUUGCGGCUAUGAUUGGUCUCCGAGGCCGUGCCGCCGCUUUUCUUGGUUUGUUUCCACCGCUUGUAGCAUUCGGUAGAACUGGGAUGUUGAUCAGAUGGUUCAUAUUGCACUUUUGGCCCGACCCUCUUAUCAGAAAAGGCUUGAGUAGCAGCGAUAUGCUUUCGGAUAUCGCGACAAGUUGUGUCCGGAAAAGGCUGUCUUCCACGAACAACGAUGAUCAAAUUAUCCGGAAUGACUUGUUGCACCGACUUCUCACUGAACUUAGAAGCUCCGAACAACUCACCGACGGGGUCAAGGUGCCACUUGACGAGAAAGUUGUAGUUACUGAAGCUAUGCUUCUACUUACCGCUGGAUCUGAUACAACUGCGGAUUCAGCAGCCGCGAUACUCUGGUACAUUCUUGCUCAUCCCGCGGUCCAUGAGCGCCUCGUCGCGGAACUGGAUGAAAAUGUCGGCACACUAUCGCAUGAUCUGGGCGCUGCAGAUGAGCUUCCUAAACAUGAUCAGGUGAAAGCGCUUCCUUAUCUGACCGCCACAAUACAAGAAGCAUUCCGCAUGUUCGCAACCAAUGCCUUUGGUCUACCCAGGGUUGUUUCUGAUUCUUCAAAACUUGUCACACUAGUGGGCACGAACAUCCCACCGGGGACUGAAUUGAGUGUUCCUGCGUAUACAAUCCAGAGAGAUACGGAUAUUUGGGGUGACGAUGCUUAUGAAUUCAAAGUAGACCGUUGGCUUCAAGACGACAAAUCUUCCGAGUCCGUCGAUGUGAAGAGAGCUGACCCAAAGUAUCUUCUUACGUUUGGAGCUGGCCCGCGUAUGUGUAUUGGGAAGAACCUCGCUACUCUGCAGUUGCACCUGCUGAUAUCCACUAUCCUCCUGCGUUACAAGCUGGAAUUGUAUGAUCCCCAUAGAGGUUUAGAAGCCAUCGAGGGCUUUAUGAACAAACCGGUUGAAGUUUUAGUAAAGAUAUCUCGACGAUAA